UACAUAUACAAGGUAAUCAUAAUUUAGCCGCUGGACUCCAAAGCUCUAGAUAAUACCAUAAUCAAACUGCGUUGUACGUUGAGGAAAAGGUCGCAACCCAAAUAUCUAUGUACGUCACAUACGCGAUCAGAUUAGGAUAAAGGAUUUCUUGGGAAAAAAACUUUACCCAUCCAAAAAUUACGGUCGUCAAGCUUCGAUGGCAACGCAAAGAAAAAUAAGAAAAUUACCACAAUCGUGGAGGUGCGACGGUAUAGGUGAUCGGUGUGUCAUUGUUAAUUAUCAUUCCAUAAAUAAAAGAUGUAAAAUACCGGUGCAAGUUGGAGAACCAGGAGAAGCUUACAGACCUGCGCAGGUCUUUUCUGUAAGGAAUAGCUUUUACUGGAUCUGAAAACUACCUGAGUUCAGUAAGUCACGCGAUCUGUAGAGUUGCCGACUGCUCCUGGUCGUCGCUCGAGUUGGCAUUGGUGAAUAUCGUAUUCGCUCAGUAGUCGCCCCGGAAAGAAGACCGUCGUCGGUUGUUAAACCGCACGAUGAAGACCAGCGAGAAAAUUCACUUCACCCUCUACCUAUUGGCCCUGAUAUUCUGCGACGAGAUCAUCCAAGGAAAAUCGCAAAGGACUCACGCUCGGCAAGGGAUCAACAGCAGAGAGCCGCCGACCGUUAAAAUACCCCUUCAGGGGACCCUCGCUGGAAAGGAGAUGUCCUUGAGCCGUACGCAAAAGGUGAUCGCGUACCUCGGGAUUCCGUACGCCCAGCCGCCGAUCGGACCUUUGAGAUUCGCGGCCCCGGUCACUUCGCCUUUACCGGGAUGGUCCGGGAUCAGAGAAGCCACCAGCUACGCUCCGUCCUGUCAGCAAGUCGCUGGCGGCCGAAAACUCCACGAAAAAGUUUACCUCAGGCUCCUUCCUGCCACCGAUCAAAGCGAUCCCGGAGUCAGCGAGAAUUGUCUUUAUCUCAACGUGUUCGUGCCGGACGGUCCUCCUCCUCCCGAAGGAUGGCCGGUGAUGGUCUGGUUCCACGGCGGUGAUUUCAACACCGGAACUCCUGCGAUUUGGGACGCUUCGGUUUUCGUCACGAAACAGAAGGUGAUGAUAGUAACGGUCGCCUACCGCCUCAACAUCCUCGGCUUCUUCACGACGACCGACGCCGAGGCGCCGGGUAACUUCGGCAUGCUGGACCAGAUAGCGGCGCUCGAUUGGGUACAGAAGAACAUCCAGUACUUCGAGGGUCAGGCGAGCAACGUGGUAAUCUACGGUCACAGUUCAGGCGCCAUAAGCGUCGGUCUCCACAUGCUGAGUCCCCUGAGCCGCGGCAAAUUCGCCAAGGCGAUCGCCAUGAGCGGCGACGCGAUCGGGUCCGUCGGCUCGCCCCAGGCGGAGGCGCCCGUCGUCGACAUUAUCGCCGACAGAUUCGGUUGCUACCGUCGCCCCACCUCGGCGCUGAUGGAGUGUCUGCGUCGCGUGAACAGCACGGUGUUGGUCCGCGAGUCGGCGGACAUCGAGACCUGGGGGCCGAUAGUAGACUACGAGACGAACAACUCGUCGGACCCCUUCCUGCCGGAGCACCCCAAGGACAUAUUGGAGAGCGGUAAUUUCAACGCGGUGCCGCUCCUGGCCGGCUACACGAACAACGAACAGGCUCUGGCUUACAUAGAGGCCAUAGGUAGCGGCGAGGGGGUUCUCAGUCAGCAGAAAUUCGAGGCGAUGAUAACCGACGAGACGAUAUCGUCGGUGAAGAGAUUCGAGGACAACACCACCUGCGAAUUGAGAGCGGAGAUGCUUGCCGAGGCGGUGUUGUUUUACUACAAACCUCAUCCGCCCAACAAGGACCAGGCGCUCCUUAGGGACAGAUAUUUGGACCUGCAGACCGAGAAGAACUACGCGGCCGGGCUCACCCUGCUCGCCGGCAAGGUGUCCAGACAGAAACCGGCCUACGUUUACAGAUUCGACUACCGUCCGAGAACCGCGAUGGUUACGGAGGACGUACCGGACUGGGCUGGCGUACCCCACAUGUUCGACCUUCAGUUCGUAUGGGGUCUUCCCUACAGCGUACCUGGUCCCGUACAGUGGAACGCGUCGGACAAAAAAAUGGCGGACAUAAUGAUGACGUUGUUUUCGAAUUUCGUGAGAGUGACGAAUCCAUCGCAGCCGAGUUUGAGCGCUAAGUGGGAACCUUAUACCGAGGACAAUCCCGGUAUACUAUUGAUAGACAGAACGAUCAACAUGAGCGAUCCUAACGCCGUUGAUUACAAAGCACUCGCUUUUUGGAACGAAUAUUAUCCGAUUGUUUUGGACGAAGCUACGAACAACUGUUGCAACGUAACUUCCGGUGCCGUCGAACGUUUCAACGAAUUCGAUUACUCCGUCGCACUGACGGCUACUGUAAUAAUUCUUUCAAAUACGUUAUAAAUUAUAAUAUUAAUAUUAUUUCAUUAUCUAUAAUAUAUAUAUAUAUAUGUAUAUGAUAUCACAGUGAUCGUUUCACCGCGAGAAUUGAUUGUUAUAACGAAUUGUGGUUGAAAUGUUUGCCAUAUUAUUAUAGUUCAACGAUUAUAACAUUUAUUGAAUUUUUUUAUUAUUGGCUUUAAUACGGAGAGAUAGAAAAAAAACGAAAAAAAAUCCAUAUAUUGUGGUGUCGUUUUUGUUUUUGUUUUUUCUUGUUUUUUUUUUUUGUUUUUUUUUUCCAGAGAAACGAACUGUUCAUAACUUAUGAAUAUUUUGAUGCUUUGAUAAUAAUAAAAAUAAUUAAUAAAAAUAAUUAAUAAUAAUAAUUAUUAAUAAUACUAAACAA